GGGUGGAGACGUCAGGGAGUUACAAACAGAGCAGGAGACAGGCACUGCUGGAGAAAGGGAGAGGUCAUAACAAAGAAGACAAGAAGAGGAAAAAGGGAAGAAAUUAAAAGAUGCACUGAGAGGCCAACAAUAUUUUUUUGUGCCACUGGAUCUUCUGGACUACUUUUCCACCCUGCUGGACUCUGUAUGUGCAAGUAAACCUCUCAUAGCUGGACACCAAGCACCUGCCUCGCCUAUAUGUUUGUACCUGUGCAAACCUCUGCAGUUCAACCGAACGGAGUGCAUGAGUGUGCACAGACAGAUGAUGGGAGCCCUUCACCUGUCUCUUGUGCUCUUCUUUAUCCUCUCACCUCCCGUACGAUGCCAGUGGUGGAGUUUGCUCUGGGCGAACCCUAGAACCACCUCUUCUCCUCCCUCCACCGCUACUUCUGUCACCUCCAUCACAUCCUCAGGCCCUACUGACUUCCUGCCGACAGGGACAGAGUGGACGGGAGAGAAGGACAGGGUGACGGAGAAAGCUGUGGAGGGCACAGAAGGGUCUGUGCUGGCUCCUACUUCACCCGGCUCAGGAGUGUCAGUCCCUGUCUAUAGCACUGUAGAACCUGGGACCAUACCUCCAGAGGGCAAUUCAGGUGGAGGCAGCAAAAGCAGGUCCCAAAACAAACCACUGAAAUACUGGAAGAGUGAGCGAGGCUCAGGAAGUCAUCUCGACCUGACGGAGUUAAUUGGCGUCCCCCUGCCUCCUUCAGUCUCCUUCACUCCUGGCUACGAGGGUUUUCCAGCCUACAACUUUGGGCCCGAAGCCAACAUUGGCCGACUCACCAAAACCUUUGUGCCAGGGUCAUUCUACCGCGACUUUGCCAUCAUUGCCACGGUGCGUCCAGCUAACCAGAAAGGUGGUGUGCUCUUCGCCAUCACAGAUGCCCGUCAGAAAGUGGUGGAGCUGGGUUUGGCCCUCACUCCAGUUCGUGGAGGACUCCAGAGCAUCUUAUUGUACUACACUGACAAAGAGCAGGCCUCCCACAGCCACAAAGCUGCUGCCUUUAGUGUUCCAGAUAUGACUGACCAGUGGGCACGAUUUACAGUGGUGGUGGAGCAUGACGAGGUGCGUCUCUACAUGGACUGUGGAGAGGCUGAACGGACGACUUUCCAUCGGAGGCCAGAAAAGCUCAGCUUCUCACACAACUCGGGCAUCUUUGUAGCCAAUGCAGGAAGCACGGGGCUUGACAAGUUUGUGGGUUCUAUUCAGCAGCUGGUCAUAAAAAAUGACCCCAGAGCAGCCGAGGAGCAGUGUGAAGACGACGAUCCUUAUGCCUCUGGUUAUGCCAGUGGAGAUGAUGCUCUGGAUGACAGAGAGACUGAGGAAGACACCAUGAAGAUCACACAGGGGAGAAAACAGGGGGAGGACAGUGUUCCCGUUAGAGCUCCACCCACUCAGGCUCCAGAGGUGGAGCUUGAGGAGUAUUCUGGUCGCAUGACUCCAACGGUGGCCAAUGAGCUGCUAGUCAGAGUGCCACAGAGGACUGAGGAGCCAGGAGAGCGAUCCAGAGAUGCUCAUGCCAAGCCUGGGCUUAAAGGAGAACGUGGCGAUCCUGGACCACCUGGCCCACCUGGUCCCCCAGGCCCUACACUUGCACCUGGGGGGACUCAGCUCGGACCAUUUGGGCCACAGGGACCACCAGGAGCCCCUGGAUCUCCUGGACAACGAGGGAGAGAUGGACAGAAGGGAAGCAAGGGUGAAAAGGGUGAUCCAGGUCUGAGAGGAUCUCAAGGAUUCCCAGGUUUGAAUGGAGAAGUUGGAGUUAAAGGAGAAAAGGGAGACCCAGGAGUUGGUUCACCAGGCCCCCCCGGCCUUCCUGGACCUCCUGGACCCCCAAGAUCACGCAGUGUGCCUUAUGGACCAGAUGCCCUGUUGGAGGACCUGGACAGUGAUACUGUACUCAUUAGGGGUCCUCCUGGUCCACCAGGGCCUCCAGGACCUCCUGGUCUCCCUGGACCCCACAUGUCAUCAUCUGACACCACAGAAGGCCUCUCUCCAGGGUAUGAAGGACCGUCUGGUGUGCCGGGUAGAAACGGACCCCCAGGAAUACUUGGGCUACCAGGUCCAGCAGGAAAAGAUGGGACUCCUGGUCCACCUGGAGCUGUGGGAGAGAAGGGUGACAUAGGGCUACCUGGGCCACCUGGACCAAAGGGUGAAUCUGGGUCCAUGGGUGGAGAAGGAACUCCAGGACCUCAGGGUCCUGUUGGUCCACCAGGAAAGAGAGGCCCAGCAGGUCGUCCAGGACCCCCUGGCCCACCUGGACCGCCAGGAACGAAAUUCUUUGCAGAGGAUAUGGAGGGAUCUGGAAAGAGCGACAUGCUGAUCGGAGCUGGUGUCAGAGGCCCACAGGGUCCACCUGGGCCUCAGGGACUACAGGGUGAGGAUGGAGCUCCAGGAGCACCAGGCCUCACGGUCAAGGGGGAACCAGGUGACCCAGGACCAGAGGGUCUUCAGGGUCCUGCUGGACUACCAGGUGCUCGGGGGGCCAAAGGAGAAAAAGGCAGUCCAGGACCUCAGGGUGAUCGAGGUGCUGAUGGACUCAGUAUCCCAGGACCACCUGGUCCACCUGGGCCUCCUGGACCCAGUGCUAAUCUACAGGAUCUGCUCAACAUCACAGAAGGCAUCUUCAACUUCACAGAGAUCAGAGGACCACCAGGGCAGAUGGGCCCUGAAGGUUUGCCUGGCAGAGCUGGAUUUCCAGGCCCCAGGGGACCUAAAGGAGAUCUAGGACCUCCAGGCGUCCAGGGGCCAUCAGGGAUUAAGGGAGAAAAAGGAGAACCAGGAGUGACUAUUGCUGCUGACGGCUCUAUCCUUUCUGCACCAAGAGGCCCUCAGGGAUCUAAAGGAAUGAAGGGAGAUCGUGGCUUCCCAGGACCUGCUGGACUCAUGGGCCCAAUUGGACCUACCGGACAAAAAGGAGAAUAUGGUUUCCCUGGACGCCCAGGUCGGCCUGGUAUGCCUGGGAGGAAAGGUGACAGAGGAGAUUCUGUUGGCUUACCGGGACCUCCUGGACCUCCUGGUCCACCUGGACCCCCAGGGAGAAUUCUGGGUCUGAAUGGAGAGUCAAUGACGAGAGGGGAUUCAUUCGGGCCCAAAGGAGAGAAAGGAGAUGAGGGAUUACCUGGUGAGCCAGGUACACCAGCGCCCAGGUUUCCAGAUGGAAUUGUGGGUGCUCGGGGUGAUCAGGGAUACAAAGGUCAGAAGGGAGAACAGGGAGACUCAGGCCUGCCUGGUCCUCCAGGACUUCCAGGGAGGUCAGGACUUGUGGGUCCUAAAGGCGAGUCCGUCGUCGGACCUCCAGGUCCUGUUGGUUCUCCUGGUGAGCCUGGAGCCGCUGGUUUUGGACGACCUGGACCUCGAGGCCCCCCCGGCCCUGCUGGUCCACCGGGACCUCCACCUCCAUAUGGAUCAACCAUCAGUAUCCCUGGUCCCCCUGGUCCUCCUGGUCCACCAGGUUCACCAGGAUAUUCCAACCCGGUGACCACCUACAAGACGAUCAGCGCUCUCAACAGAGAGACUCACAGAGCUGCUGAGGGAACAUUAGCGUAUGUUUCUGAGAAAGGAGGAGAGCUGUACGUCAGAGCACGCAACGGCUGGCGGAAGAUCCAGCUCGGUGAGUUGAUCCAUCAGGGACCUUCUUCUUCAGAGGCAUCUCAGGCUCUCAGCAGACCUGGAGAUUGGGGUCGACCACACAGGAUCCACAGCCAGGAGCUGCAGGAAGGCAGCAGAGGGUAUCAGCCCAGCUACAAUGUGCUGCCACAGACAUUCAACGCUGUACCUGGGCUCCACCUGGUAGCACUGAACGCUCCACUGAAAGGCGACAUGCGUGGCAUCCGCGGGGCAGACUUCCAGUGCUACCAGCAGGCCCGAUCCAUGGGACUCACGGCCACCUACAGGGCCUUCCUGUCCUCACACCUCCAGGAUCUGGCAACCAUUGUGAGGAAGGCGGACCGCAAUGACAUGCCUGUGGUUAAUCUGAGGGGUGAAGUGUUGUUCAGCAGCUGGAUGUCCAUCUUCUCUGGGAACGGAGGCGUCUUUGACCCGUCUACACCCAUCUACUCCUUCGACGGACGCAACGUGAUGACUGACUCAGCGUGGCCAGAGAAGCUGGUGUGGCAUGGCUCCAGUGCCGUGGGCAUCCGUCUGACCACUAACUACUGUGAGGCGUGGAGGACGGCCGACAUGGCGGUGACGGGCCAGGCCGCCCUCCUGCAGACGGGGCGGCUGCUGGGUCAACACGUGCGCUCCUGCUCCAACCACUACAUCGUGCUGUGCAUAGAGAACACAUACGUGGGGAACUCGCAUCAAAGGAGGAACUGAGGAGGCGGAGAGGACACACACGAACACACAUGCAGGCAUGAUGAACGUAGAAAAUGUGACACACGAAUGGGGAAACACACGCAGGCACAUACACACACACACUGACCACGUGUGAGGGCGCUUCUGGUCAUACAUGCAGAUAAAAUACUCACACAUUAACACGCAGAAGCAGGAAAGAUGACCGCACACUCAUUUAAGCUCCUUUAGUUGUGGUUUAAUCUGCUGCCACAUGUCCGUCCAUGUCUAGCCUUCACUUAUUUCUAGUCAUUAAACAUAACGAGCGUGUAGUUACAGAGAAAUAUGGGAUUCGUUGACGGUAGAAGUGAGUAACUUAGAGCACCAUACCAGUGGUUUUGCAUUGUGCGCUUUAUGCAUUUGUCACAGUUGAUGUUUUUACAGUCUAGAAUUAAAAUAGCAGAAAAUAACAGCCUGGUUGCAGCGAAAGAUACAACAUAUUUUUGUAAAUGGGCCAAAACGUGCAAAAUCAGUGGCAUGGUCCAAUAAGUCACUGUCCUUUUUCUUUCUGUCAUCAGUACUAGUGUGGAUUUUAAAAUCUUUUUUUAAACAUGUAUCACAACAGCGUUAUACAGUGGAGAGUUGUGCAUCAAGACUAGCUAGAAAUCAGAGUCAGAUGUAAAUGCCAUUUAAGAUGAUGAUUUUACUUCCAAGAAUAAUGCUGGCAAGGCAUGUUUUUUUCAGGAAAUUAUUGACAAUAACAAAAAAGAGAAUUUGGAAACACUAUACACAUGUAGUGACGUAUUUCUUAGACUCUUUAUGAAUGUCAGAGAAGCUUGUCUCACUCUCUGCUCAUCAUGUACUGCCUGAUAUUAACCAUUAGCUGACCUAAUAACCUCAGUUUCAUGGUGUCAUCAGCAGGUGGCGUUAUAGAAUACAUUACACUUGGCUGUGAUGAACAGAGUAGAGGGAGCUGGAAACAAAACCGUUUGUUAGUCAACCACUAAAAUAACCUAAUGGUGCUUUUCCACUAGCACCUACUCGGCUCGACUCAGUUUAGGUGGUUUUCCAUUACAAUUGAGUAUCACCUCAUCGUGGGUGGAGCCGUCAUAGUACAGCGGCCCUGGCCGCGGAGUUAACACUGAUGGCUAACUAGCUAGCUUAUUGUCUGCAUAUGGGAGACAAUGACGCUUUCAACAUAUACUUGUUUGUUUCAAGUGAGCUUGCCACCAAUGGGAUAAGUAAUGUUAAAGUUUCAAAACACUCACUGGUUUUCGUGAAGGAGUCAGUGGCCUGCACUCCGCAGACGUCACAUUAUCGGCUCGACUCAGCUCGCUUGGAACCCCGGCCAAGUACUAAAAUAGUGCCUGGCACCAGGUACUACGUCCUAAUGGAAAACCUCACAAACCAAAUAAAGUAGAGCCAAGUAGGUGCAAGUGGAAAAGCGCCAUAAGAGACUCAGAAGAAACAAACAAAAUGCUGUGACAGACAGACGUAUUCUUUCAGAUUAGCUGAUGAUGAGGUUUUAUGCUGUGCAGAGACAAAGACAACAAAAGGCAAAUGUUCACAAUGUCAAAACUUAUUCGGGAAAUCUGUUUCUGUCUCACAUGAAAUGAAUUAACCCUUUCAAAAAAAGUUAAAAACCACUUUCACUUUUUUUUUGUAAAAUUGGACCUUUUUUUUUUUAAAUUAUUUUUUAAUGUAAUACUUUGAAAUCCACAUAAAAAAUGUGUCAGAUAAACACAUUUUCAAAAGUACAACAGCAAUAUGUAAUAUCCUGCUAAUGAGAACAGGUCGAGUCAGACACAAUGACGCAGGUUUUAUAUUUCUUAUCACCAUAUCUUAGCUGUAAAUACACAGAAUGUGACUCACAUCCAAUCACAGCUUCACCUCCAUUUCUUUAUGAUCGCUAAAAAGACGAUAAACUGACAGUAUUAUGCCCCCAAAACACUAUUUACCACUAAAAUCUACUCUCUAACUACAUAUCAAACCAAUAUGGAAAAGAUAAAUUGACAAAAAAAUAAUGCUUCAUGCAGCUCUGCUUGCUUGACCUAAAACUGAAGACUAAACGGCUGUAUGGCGCCCCCUGCUGACAGCUUUGUUUACAACAUUUAUCAAUUAACAGGGUCCUUAUAAACUCAAAUAAUUAUCAGGAGAAAAUGUCAAACUUAUCCUGUUAUCUGCUGAACGUUAGUCCUGCUGCUUGCAAUAAAGCGAUCUGAACUAGUUUCACCGUUAACACGUCUGCAUUAUAGCGUAGACUUAGAGUUGAAAUCAAUCGUUAAUUUAUACUGUAGCAUCCAUAGUGUGAAGACAUAGCGAGUUCACGUUCAGAUUUUGAUGAAGUCGGAAGAUGUAUAUAAAUAUAUAUAAAUAUGUGUGUGUUGUUGUUGUCCAGAUGUUGUUUUUUUACUCCAUAGAUGUAGGUUUUGUACGAAGCACACUAAAUGACUGAGGGUUUCCUCUCACCACGCUUUUGAUUGAGUCGUAGCCACCGAGCUCUGCCUGUAAAGACGAGUGUUAGUGUCUCUGCUGUCGGAUUUUGAUGUUUUCUGUUUAAACAAAACUUGAGCUUCUGAAGAAACAGAAGGUUUGUACUGACUGACUGGUGCUCACUGAAUAAAAUGUCUUAUUUUG